AGUGCCUGCUACAGUGUGGAGGGAGUGGAUGAGCAGCAUGAGUUCGCCCGGCUCAAGCAGUCUAUGGAAAUGGUCGGAUUCUCCCCAGAGACGCAGAAAAAAAUCUUCAGCGUUCUAUCUGCUGUUCUGCAUCUUGGUAAUAUCGAAUUCAAAAAGAAGGGAGAUAAGCACCACGACGAGUCUGUCACGGUCAGGAGUGGAGAGACGGUGAAGACUAUCUCCUUGUUACUCAAGGUCAAAGAGAGAUACGUGUUGGAAGCCUUGACACAGAAAAAGACGACAGCUGGCGAUGAAACGUUUGUCAUCAACUACAAAAUGGAAGAUGCUAUUGCGACCCGAGAUGCCAUGGCCAAGUGCAUCUACGGUGCCUUAUUUGACUGGAUCGUGCUCAAAGUGAACCAGGCGCUGCUGGCCAAGAAACACGACUCGGAACACGAAGGAGACUCCAUCGGUGUGCUCGACAUCUUCGGCUUUGAGGAUUUUGGCCGCAACAGCUUUGAGCAGUUUUGCAUCAAUUAUGCCAACGAGCAUCUGCAGUACUACUUCAACCAACAUAUUUUCAAGUUUGAGCAGGAGGAGUAUCAGCGUGAAGGUAUCCAGUGGAAGAACAUUGAGUUCAUCGACAACACUGGGAGUCUGGAGCUUUUCUCCAAACGUCCCAGCGGCCUUUUUUACCUCCUGGAUGAAGAGUGCAAUUUCCCGGCUGCCACCAAUGAGACUCUCCUGAACAAGUUCACUCACCACCACAAGAGCAACCUGCACUACCAGGUGCCUCAGCUGAAGGAGGGAGCCUUCAGCAUCAUGCACUACGCUGGCCGAGUCAAGUACUUCGUCAAGGAUUUCCGGGAGAAAAAUCUUGACCUUGUACGGCCAGAGAUUGUAGCAACUUUGAAGAAAAGCAGCCUGGCAUUUGUGAGAGAAUUGAUGGGCAUUGACCCUGUUGCGGUUCUGCGCUGGUCCGUAGUCCGCGCAUUCUUCAGGUGUUUCUUCGCUUUCAUCAAAGCAGGAGAGAGAUACAGGAAAAAUGGAGGGAAAGAGAGUCGCAGGCGACCAGCUCCCAGCAAAAGAUUGUCAGAUCCAACUCUGCAGGAUGUUUUCAAUGAAAAUUUGCUCAACUCCGCCCCUGCUGGCUACCCGUCGCGCCACCACCACUACCACCACCACCAGCAAAACGCUUCAGGGAGCAGGGCCAUCCUCUCCAAAAACGACAACCACAGUGGCACGGCUAGGGUAGAUCAGCCGCAGCACCAGCAGCAGGAUAAGGAGGAGGCGGGCUCAGCGAGAGUGAGCGCUGCGGAGCGGGACAGCCUGCUGCUUCAGCACCACCGGGACGAGAUCCACGAGGAGCUGAUGCUGUACAGCGCCCUGGAGACAAGCCUGCCCGCCAACGACGCGCGGGUCAUACGGCGGGCCAGAAAACUCCUCAUGAAAAACAAGUCUUUCAAGCCAAAACCAAGGCCUUCUUUGAGUUUCCGUGAUAUUAAAGCCCUCAAGGCCAUCGCCAGCCGCAGCAUGCCUGGCAGCAUUCGAGGGUCAGGCUCAGGCAGCAAGAAACAGCCGCCAACUGUAGGAGCCCAGUUCCAGUGGUCCCUGUCCAGACUGAUGACGACGUUGAACCAAGCCAACCCCUAUUUCAUCAGAUGUAUCAAGUCAAACAGGGAGAAGGCUCCGUGUGUGUUUGACGAGGAGCUUGUGAUGAGACAGCUGCGCUACACAGGCAUGUUGGCCACCGUCAAGAUCCGCCAGUCGGGCUACAACUACAGGCUGCUGUUUGAGGAGUUCACCCAACUCUACAAGAUUCUGCUGCCCCGCAAGACGGAACACUCUAAAGCUGACAUCCGGAACUUUCUUCAGUCCAUGGGGCUCCAGCAGGAGAAUUACCAGAUAGGGAUCAACAAGAUCUUUUUACGUGAAUCUGAAAAGAUGCGUUUGGAUGAAGCACUCCACUCGGCGAUCAUGGAGCGGGUAAUCAAAAUCCAGAGAUGGGUCAAGACUUGUCUGGAGAGGCAGAGCUACAACCGACUGAGAGAUGCCACCAUCCUGAUGCAGAAACACAUCCGGCGGUUCCUUGCCCAGCAAGACUUCCACGAGUACAGACUGAUGCGGCUUCAGCAGAGCGCAGCCAUCAUCAUCCAGACACACUACCGCUGCUACCUGGCACGCCAGCACUUCCACGCACAGCGCUAUGCUGUCAUAUACAUCCAGUCCUACGUGCGGGCGGUGCUCACAAGGAGAAAAUUCUUCCAGUUGCGGGAUGAGUACUACGCCAUGCUGGCUCGCCAAGAGCAGGAGAGGCAGGAGUUUGAAAGACAGGAGAAGGAGAGGAUCAGGAGGGAGGAAGAAGAGGAGAGAGAGAGAUUGCGAGAGGCAGAGCGUCUAGAGAAGGAGGAAAAAGAAAGAAGGGCAAGGGAGAAAGAGGAAGAGGAGCAGCGGUCAGUGGCCGAGCGCCUGGAGGCUGACCGGCGACGAGAGAAGAAGGAAGAGCUGCAGUCUACGGCCAGCGACGAGGGAGUUCUGGUGAAAGCACCGAGCUCGGAGGAGCUGGAAGAGCGAGACUACGCCACACGCCUGCCCAGGAGGGACUCUGAGGAGAGCAGCGGCAUCAUGGAGGACUCGGAGACAGAGACGACGUCGGUGGACACGGCCAAACCUCCGAGUGAGCCGGUCACUGAGGGGACGGUCAGUGCCACCUCCUCCAGCCCCAUCUCGGAGGCCAUCGACAUACCCGUACCGGACGACGAGGCGUCACGGAUACGAAGAGCUUCCAGGGUCAAAGAGCUCGCUAAAACAUUCCAAAAAACCCCAGAGCGAGAUGACGGUGAGAAGGGGAAGGGGCAAGAGGAAGUGGACGGCCGAGUGUUCGUGGUGCGCCGUGGAUCCCAGCGAUGGAAGCACAGGAAGAGCUCGGCCCCCUUAGCUAAGCAGGAGUCCUUUUCUGAUUGGGACCAGUCCCCGACGUCCCCCGAGCCUGUCCCCAUACCCUCACGGACGUCAGAUGCCAACAUCCGACCAUCAGAUGCCAACAUCCGAUCAUCGGACUCCAACAUCCGACCAUCAGACGCCAACUCUCGCGUGACUGAUGCAAGCGCCAACACCCGACCGACCGAUGCACACCACCGGCCGCCGCCCCUGGACAUCCCGCGCGGCGCACCACUCACGGAGGAGAAGAGGAAGGAGCUAGAGACGGUGGUUUCCCAUCACAGGGAUGUCAUGAUGAGGAGGAAGGAGGACAUGGAGGAGGCAGAGCGGGCUGGUGACCAGGCGGGCCAUCUCAGCCCACUGCGCAAAGCCCGGGAGCAAAUCAAGAACUGGGUCGGAGAAAGACGAGAAGCGAAAAGCUCCAACCACUUAUCCUAUUCAUGCAUUCCAUCAAGCCCCGGACGGUCUUUUAAGUUCUUUAAGCACCGAAGUACGAAAAAGAAACGUGAUGAUAGCGAAGAGGAGUCUGAUGACUUUGUCCUCACUCCGACCAAAAAGACCAUUGAAUCAAUGGGCGUCAGCGUACUCCCCACCCUGUCCUUACCUACAGUGCCCCCGAUCAAUGUGAUCGCUGGCAAACAGCAGUCUCCUCAUCCUCAAGAAGAUGACCACAACAGCUACCCGGUCACCGAACGGUCCCACUGGCAUCAUCGCGGCCGGCGGAAGAAAAAGACGCGCCGUCCGGACAACGCCUCGUCCCCGAGCUGCAGCUCUCAGUCGCGCAGCAACAUGAAGGUCGCGCGGUCGACGGAGUGGCAGUACGCUGAGAACUUGGUCAUCACCGACGUCCUGGAGCUCCGGUUGCUGGACGAGUUCAUCUCGCAAAAGCAACGAGAGCUCUAUGGAGAUACAACGGGGAACAGGCGCUACACCAUAUUUGACCGUAUCUUCAAAGGUGCCUUAGAGAAGUUCCGGAAAGAUCUCAAGUCUGUGAUUGCCAUUGAGGUUGGGAAAGACUCGCCGCUGGUGCGGUACCGAGACCUAUUUGAGCAGUUCCGUCAGGUGUUGGAGGCGGAGAUGAAGCGAGAGCAGACGAACGCGCCCCUGGUCAUGUCGAUCAACGCAUUCCGAGGCUUCCUGGACGAGUUUCGUAAGCAGCAGGAGCUCCGGCAGCGAGAGAACAAGAAGGACGACCGGAGGAUGGAGAAGAAGAAUCUGAAGAGAGAAAAACACAAGAAGACUCAAGAUAUCAUAGAAUACAAUGGCCACAAGUACAUGCAGAUGCAGUUCAGCAUCACCACCUUCUGUGAAGUGUGCACCUCCUUGAUAUGGAUCCUAGACAGGAGUUAUGUCUGCCAGGUGUGUAAACUGGCUUGCCACAAGAAAUGUUAUAGCAAGCACAGCGCCCCGUGUAAAGGCAAUGCUGAAAAUAAGGGUCACCCGAGCAGCAAGGUGUUUGGGGCAAACCUAGACGCCUUGGUGAGUGAGUCGCAGAAGAUUCCCGUGGUCUGCGAGCGCCUGAUGUCGGCUAUUGAACGGACAGGCCUGUAUGUGGAAGGAGUGUACCGUAAGUCGGGGGCGGCCCCGAAAGUGAAGGAGCUGAAAGCAGCCCUUGAGAAUGACGUGGAGGCUGUUAACCUGGAGGACUACCACGUCCACGUUCAAGCUUCGGUGCUCAAGACUUUCCUCCGCAUGCUACCGGAGCCACUGCUCACCUACGAACUGUACGAUGAUUUCUUAAGAACGACAGAAAUCAAAGACGAAAGAGAACUCAUCAGGUCUUUGUUUGAAGUCAUCAAGAAACUGCCACGUGCAAACUUUGACCUCUUCGAGCGGCUUGCUUUUCAUCUUGCCUGCGUGGCCAUGCACUCUGACAGCAACAAGAUGUCGCCCAACGCGCUGGCAGUGGUGUUCGCCCCGGUGGUCCUCGGUACCAACAAACACAUCCAGGCACAGGACGCCAUCGCUCUCGUGCCGCACCAGAUGCUAUGUUUGGAAUACGUCCUGAAGGAAGAAAUUCGCACAGUGAACUCCAAGCUGGAAGACAUCGAUACACUGGAGAGUGCGGAGAAAACAACGGGAGAGAGACUGAAUGCCGUCAGGGCAAGUCUUCGCACCGCCAGGCAAAAAUCACCACUGGCCAGCCCCGUGAAGCAAGCGUCUGUGCACCGGCAAGAGGCUGUGGAUGAGGAGGAUAUCCACGUGAUCAUAGACGAGGAGGAGGAGGAGGAGGGAGAGGAGGAGGUGGACAUGGAACUGGCGAGGGAGGAGAAGGUUCUCAGCCGCCACCUCGCCUCUAUUCACAAAGAGAAGGACAAACUGACCUACAAACUGCCUAUGUUGGAGACGCGGCAGGCCAGCAGCGACGAGGACGUCCUCUCGACCGACGAGAUGGACGCGGUCCUGGACAACAUGAAUGAGGAGUACGCCGUCAACUUUGACCUGCCUGCCACGCGCCCGUCCCUGCCCCAUAUCACUAAAACCAGAAUGUCGGGGCCCAACUGUCGGAGACUUCCUAAACGAUUUGCUCAAAAGGUCAAGGCCGCCCAGCUUGCGCUGGAGGACACCAGCGAGGCGUGCCUCCCCGAGCCCAUCCCCACCAUCAGUAUUCGAUCCCCUCCCUACUCGCAGUAUUCAGGGACAAUGACUGUGGAGUCGAGCUAUGUGACAGUUCCUGGGAUUCUGAGCCUGGCAGACGAGGACGAGAUCAUGGUAUGACCUUUGACUUCUGGAGGGUGCUGUUGAUGAGAGGAUGAGUGAGGUCAUGGUGUGACCUUCGACGUCUGCUAGGGGUGCUGUUGGUGACCUUCGACCUUUGUGAUGAGAGAAUGAGAGGAUGGUAUGACAUUUGACCUCUGUAAUGAGAGGAUGAGAUCAUAGCAUUACCUUCAACAUCUGUGGGGUUGAUGAUGAGUAGAAAAUAUAGUGCAGAGGUUCUGGAUCAGGGGCCUUGAACUCUUUGAGGAUGCUGCAACUGCGGUGUCGAUGUUCUGGGGUGUUUUUGACCGUUGACUGUUUGAGGACACAGUUACUCUGCUGCAAAGGCCCUGGAAUCAUUUACCUUUUCUCGCGUGUUGCUACAUACUGAAGCUUUUUGGGCAAGAGGGAAGGUAGAAGCCUCAGGCGUUCGGAGCAUAAUUGCUGAAUUGAGAAAGAUAGCUUUGAUAUUGGUUGCCCUUGACAUUAGUCUAGCCUUAAAAAUUUAUUUUUUUUAAAGACAGGUCCCAUGGAAAAAAAAUCAUGAUCUCUGUGUGGUCCCCUUUUCUCCUACGUGAACUAGCUAAAAGUUGUCGAAUGGAUAUCUUAGUCAACUGGCAGAAGUGGCCUUGGUGGAAAGCUAGACCUUGAGACAGUCACUUCUCACUCUGAGCCGUAUGCAUCGCUGGCGAGUCGAGUCAUUGGGCAAGACUAUGCCACUGGACGAGGGUUUUUUUGUGUGCAACAUUGUCAUGGACAAUCAGCUGUACAAACAACCACCCCCACUCCUUCCCCUGCCCCCACUUGCAUUUUUUCUGUAUUAAUGACUCUUUAAGAUGUCUAGCUGUCUAAAAUAACAACUUUGCUUCCCGACAAUGAUGGCUGUCUUUAGCAAUUUUGACUCUGUUUCUUUAGAAGGCUGAGGGCUGAUAUAACAAAGUAUAAGCCAGCAUUGAAAAAUCUAGUUUGUCCAAGUGUUGGACAAUGGUCUUUGGAUCAAGAGUACAGUCAAAAUUGCUCCUUGGACAGCCAGUCAUUGUUGAGGAGAAAAGUGAUUGACUUAGACUGAUGGACGUCUUGGGCAGUGUGCCAUUAUUUAUAAUGUAGAAAAAAUGCAAGCUGUGAAAUGGGAAGUAGUUGUCUGUCCAGUUGAUUGUCUUGGACAGGUGGCUGUGUAAGAGCAGGUUCGACUAUUCCAUUUUUAUAAUGGGUUUAUUUAUUUAUUUUUUAAAAUUUGUUUACUUGCUGGAUUUAUUAUAUUGUCGUGAAUCUGUAUACUCAACAAAAUCUGGACGUGACCAUGAUUUGAAGGCAACCGAGAAAAAGGAAAACCCCAAGACAGUCAGUUAAUUCUUUCACUGCCAGCGAUAGGCAAUCAUAGUUUAUCGCACAGUGUAUAUUCUACAUGAACUGUGAAUUGUAAUUUCACACACUUCAAUGAUUUGUGAGUUUAGCAGUCAAAAAGGUUAAAGUUUGACUCUCAGGGUCUGUUCUACUUUGGCUUUGUGUGGAGACUGCUGUGAGGUGAAGUGUCUGCCUGGUGAUUGGCUGUUGUCCGUUCUCUCUACCCAUGUACAUAUUUUGUGUGGGUUUGAACGAGUCUGUUAUCGAUGCUUUUACAUGCCAUUGUUUGUGCUAUGAAAUGUUACUGGAAGCUGAGUUAUAGCGUAAAGGACACAAGGGUUUUGUAAAGCCUUCUAAAAGAAAUGUUUUCUGCCUAUACUAACAGCAGAUAACUUCAUUUACUGGCUCCCAAUAAUAGUUAUUGCAAGAAGAAUCCUUAUGAAAAUGGCUUUCAAUGCUAAGGAACACAACAACAUACUUUUCAGUUUUAGACAUAUCUCUUAAGAUGUUGCUCCUUUUGUUUUGUGCAGAAGUUACCCUGAACUGCUGUAUGUAGUUUGUGAACUUGUGCUUUUGCAGCUUGUAGCCUGUUGAGUCAUUUAUGGUUUUUGUUGGACAAAACUGUCAAGAUGAACUUGUGUAGACAAAGUUGGGUACUUGAAAAUACAGCAGAAAUUGUACACGAUGGCCAUCCAUCGUUGAGGAGAAAAGUGUUUUUCUUAAACAGGUGGAUGUUUUGGAGAGUGUCAUUGUGACAAAGAAGAAACGUAAGGUGGAAAGUGAAAAGAGAUUGUUUGUACAGUCAACAGGUAUGAUUGUAUAUUGUGUGCAAGUGUUGCCACGAGUGGGUUGGAAAUUGUGGGAUGCACGUGUACACAUGUGUAUUUGUACGUUUGCAUGUACUAUGUAAGGAGAAGCCCUUCGAAAGGCUGAAAAUAGAGAUGGAUGGAGCAAAGUGGUAGCCUUUGUGCCCCAAAGGGAUGAGUAAGUAAGUAAGGGACUAAGUAAGUAUGUAUGUACUAGGUAGCAGUGUUUUAUAUAGAAAAAAA